UUUCAAUAAAAUUGGUUGAUUGAUAAGAAUUUUUUUUCUUGUGGUCAAGUUGUAUCUAAUAAAUAGUGUUGUAGAAUAAAUCUUCUAACUGCCCAUUUGUUUUUUAUUUUUUGUUGUUGUUGUCGUCGUUUGUUCUUAUUGAGACCUAUACUAUAUAACCAUUUGAGAGAGAUUGUUGUGAAAACGUAAGGAUUUUGAGUUGUUGAGCAAUCCAAUCAUUGUGGUCAUUGCGUACGUGCCGUUAUUGUUGUAUACAAUAUGGCCACUAGAAACAGAACGUUUUAGUGUAACUACUUCUGAUAUUGAUAACGAACUAUGUUACAAGACCGGAGUUAUAUACCUGAUUUAAAUAUCUCUACAGCCCAUUUUUUUCAUUUGCUUGUGGCCUUCGAAAACUUAGAGCCGGCUCUAACUAAAGGUCAGUUGGUAGCCAAACUUCAGAACUUGAGGAAAAAAAUUGAUGACAAAGUUGUGAAGUCUUUUGAAAAAGGAAAGACUAAAGAACAGAUUGUUUAUUCAAAAGCUUUUGACCAGAGAUGUUAUGAUUUAUCGAGAAAGAUUUGGGGAAUUAACUGUGUUUUUCCUUCAAAAUCAAAGAAUAUGCGCCAAGGUCAGCUUGAAGGAAGGUUCAAGGAUGAAGAAGAUGAAGAGCCAGAGAGCACACCCUUAUCUUUUGGUCAAGAGUUCGUCUCUUUCGUUAAAGCUGAGAAUCUGAAUUGGGGUAUUGAUGAAGCAGAGUAUGUUGCAAGCUGGGAUAAGGUCAAAGAUGGACCAAAGAAGCGAGAGUUGGAAAUAACGUUGAAGAAGAUGGAGGCUAAGCAAGCGGAGCUUUGUAUGAUAAGGAUUGAAUUUGUGGCAGACGCGGCGAAUGUGAUGUUUAAACAAGACAACACAUCUUCUUCGGGUAAGUAGAUGGAAGAGUUGGUUGAAUUAAUGUUUUUUUUUACCCUUAUUAGUUUGCAUUUUGCGGCUUUGGUUUUGAUUGGUAACAUUUGGAAAUUUAUCGGUGUGGUUUGGCUUUUAAACUUUUGUUUAUGGUCCAUUUUAGCUGUUCUAUUGGAUAUUUUUGUGUUUGCUCCUUUUGUUAUAUGCUUGAUUGGGUUUAAGACCCCUUCCAUUAUGUGAACUGAUAUUUUAUGUUUUUGAUAUCUUGGAAUGGCCUUUUAAACCCACGAUCCAAUAGAGUAGUUUCUGUUGUAAACAUUGGGACGAAAGCCA